UGCUGUACACAAAUACACAUUUCUCUAACAAACAAUACGGCGUCGUAGAACCUUGAUCAUCCUCUUCCACCUUUUCUUCUUCAGGCAGUUCACUUCCUAGGGAGAGAGAGAGAGAGAGAGAGAGAGAGAUGGGUAGGUGCCGUACGCAGCAAAGAGCAUUGAAGGUGGGGAUGGUCCUGAUGGGCCUGUGCUUAGCGGGCUACAUUGUGGGCCGGCCCUUGUACUACCAUCUCUCCGAGGCCCUCACCGCCGCCCGCCGCCACGUGUCCUCCUCUUCCUAUCAUCGUUGUACUCCUUGCCUCUGCGAUUGCUCUUCUCAGCCCCUUCUUUCCCUCCCCGACGGAUUGAGCAACCAUUCCUUUACAGGUUGUAUGAAGCGUGACCCUGAGGUCAGUGAAGAAAUGGAGAAGAGUUUUACGGAUCUAUUGUCAGAGGAAGUGAAGCUUAAGGAAGCUGAAGCUCUAGAAAAUCAGCAGCGUGCUGACAUGGCUCUCUUAGAGGCCAAGAAAAUGGCUUCCCAGUAUCAAAAGGACGCAGACAAGUGCAGUUCAGGGAUGGAAACCUGUGAGGAGGCAAGGGAGAAGGCUGAAGCAACACUGGAAGCACAGAAGAAACUUACUGCCAUGUGGGAGCUCAGGGCUCGUCAAAGAGGAUGGAAAGACUAAAGAGCAUCCUCUUGAGCUCCGUGCUUAAAUUUGAUAGAUAUCACUGAGCUAUACAUAUACACGAUGUGGGACGGCAUAUUAAUCCACGAUGUAUGAUCCUUGUGCCCAUUAUCCGUUAGGAAUCUGUUAGCAAUCUUCGUCUUGAUCCUGUCCAUGGCCAUUGAUUUAUUCAUUCUUUUAUUAUUUGUUUAUUUUGUUAACUUUGUCGUUAACUUCUAAAUUAGGUACAUAUACAGAAUUCCUACUCUUGUUCCUUGGUUGUUUGAGGCACUUUUGCUUCAUAUAGUAGCUCAUUA